AUGCCGGGCCCCCAGGGGGCCGGAGGAGCCCCCACCAUGAGCCUGGGCAAGCUCUCCCCCGUGGGCUGGGUGUCCAGCUCGCACGGGAAGAGGCGGCUGACGGCAGACAUGAUCAGCCCCCCGCUGGGGGACUUCCGGCACACCAUGCACGUGGGCCGCGGCGGGGACGUCUUCGGCGACACCUCCUUCCUCAGCAACCACGGGGGCAGCUCCGGGGGCAGCCACCGCUCGCCCCGCAGCUUCCUGGCCAAGAAGCUGCAGCAGGUGCGCCGCGUGGGGGCGCUGCCCCGGCGGUUAGCCACCCCGCCCUCGUCGUCGGCCUCGCCGGCUCCGCCCGCCGUCUCCCCCAUCAUCAAGAACGCCAUCUCCCUGCCCCAGCUCAACCAGGCCGCCUACGACAGCCUCGUGGUGAGCAAGCUCAGCUUCAACAGCAGCCCCGCCGGCUCCGCGGACGGCCACUCCAGUUACGGUGUGGACUCCGGGUUCUGCACCAUCGCCCGCGUGGCCCGCCCAGAAAAGCCUCGUGACCGAGACCAUGACAGUGCCUCCUUCCCCUCUGAACCCGAGCUUCGCCGCUCUGACUCCCUCCAGUCCUUCCGCCUGGACCUCGACCUGGGGCCGUCUCUCCUCAGUGAGCUGCUGGGGGUCAUGAGCCUCUCAGAAGGCUCUGCAGCGGAGACUCCAGCCCCAGCCGCUGCUGCGAGUCCCCUAGCCCCUGCCUCAAGCCCCCCAGCCCCUGCCACAAGCCCCCGAGCCCCUGCCGCAAGCCCCCCAGCCCCUGCCACAAGCCCCCCAGCCUGUGGACGCUGCCCCAAUGGGGUAACGGCUGGGUCUGGCCCAGUGGCUGCGGCGAGGGCCGACCCUGUGGGAGAGUGUCCCCGGGCCCCUGCUGACAUGGCCCCCGGCAGGCCCUGGGGAGCCGGCUGGAGCGGCAGCCGGGGCAGCCGCCACUACACCGAGAUGGAUGCCCGGCAGGAGCUGGUGAAGGUGCUGCCGCAGGGCCGGGCCUCUUGGGAGAGCCUGGAUGAGGAGUGGGGGGCGCCCCAGGCGGCCAGGCGGGCCCCUGUGCCCAGCACGGUGCAGACAAACACCUUCGAGUUCGCUGAUGCCGAGGAGGACGACGAGGUCAAGGUGUGA